CUCAGCAACAAUUAAAUAACUUCCAUAUAACCAUCAACUGAACUCUUUUUUAGCUCUUAUUCUAAGUAUAAAUAAAUAUAAUCUACUUUGAUUCCUCUUCCUAAGCAUACCCAUCCACAUGUCUUGCUGCUAUGCCGUCCUCUAAAUUCCCGCAGAUCCAACCAGGCGGCUCCUUGAUCGUCGCAUGGCAGGUCAAGAACAAGCACAUUCUAGUGGUUGGUGGUGGUGAGGUAGCAGCCGGCCGCAUAGUGCAUGCGCUUAAUGCCGAUGCAAAGGUAACCGUUAUCAGCCCAUCCUCAGGUCUCAACGAUGAGGUCUCCUACCGCAUCGCCUCGAAACAAGUCUCGCACAUCGACCGCAAAUUCGAGCCUCGCGACCUUGAUCCCGACGAUGAUAAUGGUGUUGGGGUGGUAGACAUGGUGCUCGUUGCCGUCGAUGACCCAGAGGCGUCGACGCAGAUCUGGAAGCUGUGCAAGGAGCGCAGGAUUCCCGCGAAUAUAGCCGAUGUACCAUCAGAGUGUGACUUUUACUUUGGAAGCGUGCACCGCGAUGGGCCCUUGCAGAUCAUGGUGAGUACAAAUGGGAACGGGCCGAAGUUGGCCAGUAUGGUGCGGAAGGAAAUUGCGCGGACAUUGCCAAGGAACACAGGGGCGGCGAUUGAAAACGUUGGCAAGUUGCGGAGGAGGCUUAGAGAGAUCGCUUCUUCACACAAAGAUGGGCCCAAGAGAAUGAAAUGGAUAUCACGGAUAUGCGAAAUGUGGAGCCUAGAAGAACUCGUAGAGAUGGACGAGGACGAUAUCGAGACUCUGCUUGGCUACUAUCCCUCAGACAAGGUGCCGACGUUCGAACAAGUGCGCCUGGGAGAAAAAGCCAGCUUGACUGCCUUUGACGGGAGUAUGGGCUUUAGCUGUUGAUAGGGAGCUUUCCCUCCGAAUGUAUAAAUUGUUAUUGUAUUGGCUGGAUAGGUGCGAGUGGAAGUGAUUGUAUGCUAAUGCACAUUUACCGGUGCGUAUACAAAUUCCUAAUUGUUUGCAAUAAUGUGCGGCAAGCCUAAGCAUGGUAAUGGCGAUCUCUUAUGGACUGAAGCAUGUAAGAGUAUAAACUAAAUUAGCAUGUUCAUAUUAUAUGGUGUUGGAGAAUUGAAAUUUUUAUGGGCCUUGUUCAUGAUCCAACGAUCAUCAUUUCAGCCAAAACCGACAACGGCAAGAGCAGGCAAUCGAUUAUAUAAAUAGAGAGGUAUACAUAUAUGAAAACGCGCGAAAUCUAGAUAAAAAAAAACGCCAAGCGCAUUGACCACAGAGGAGAAUAACUAAAUAAUAAACAAAAACAUGAUCAAACCAAGGAAGUCUAGGUAGGUGUACAGGGCAAAAGAGGGCGUCGG